CUGAAUCAACUAGUCUCAAAGACCACAUGAGAACUCAUACAGGAGAAAAACCAUAUAAUUGUUCUAUAUGUCAAAAAAGUUUUUCUCUCUCAACUAAUCUCAAAAGACACAUGAGAACUCAUACAGGAGAGAAACCAUAUAAUUGUUCUAUAUGUCAAAGAAGUUUUUAUCAAUCAAAUGAUCUCACAAAACACAUGAGAACUCAUACAGAAGAGAAAACAUAUACUUGCUCAACAUGUCAAAGAAGUUUUUCUCGAUCAAGUGAUCUCAAAACACACAUGAGAACUCAUACAGGAGAAAAACCAUAUAAUUGUUCUAUAUGUCAAAGAAGUUUUUCUCAAUCAAGUGUUCUCAAAACACACAUGAGAACUCAUACAGGAGAAAAACCAUAUAAUUGUUCUAUAUGUCGAAAAAGUUUUUCUCAAUCAACUCAUCUCAAAAAACACAUGAGAACUCAUACAGGAGAACAACCAUAUAAUUGUUCUAUAUGUCAAAAAAGUUUUUCUCUCUCAACUAAUCUCAAAACUCACAUGAGAACUCAUACAUGA